AUGAGCAGAGUAGGGCAGCGUUGGCUGUGUAUGCACGGGAGUUUCUUGGCUUCAGAGACGCCCAGUGGCACCUGCCUCUCGCACUGUGCAGGUGUUGUCCAAGGACCAUGUGUUUACAACAGGCGCUGUGUCGUGGAAAGUCCUGGGCCCACAUUCCUCGCUAAUGGAACUUCUGCCUUCCUGGGUCUCUUGUUCUUGGGCAGCCUGAGACCAACAGGAGCAGAGAGCUGGGAGUGUGUACAAGGAAGAUGCAGUGUUGUUGCCUCAGGCAUCACUGGAUUUGGAGUGGGUAGGGUGGGCCCCCGAGAGGCGAUGGUCUGUGAAGAACAGGCCGUGGAGGGUAACGCAGAAGUCCCCGGUUCACCCUUCAGAGCCUGUAAACUGCAACAACCCACUGUGGUCUUGGCUGCUGGGCGGUCAAGGACUUUGGCUUCCUGCCUCUCCUGGGCUGGCCUGGACACUUGUCGUGGUGCCCGGGGUGGGAUGUCAGCCUCUGGUGAGGCUGCGAGGUCCGGCUUGCGUGCAGGAGGCGCCGGAGCCCAGCUGGUUCGGGCAUCACCUCCUUGGCCAUUGUUGUGUGGCUUCCCUGAUUCAGCAGCCUUGACCUGCCCCAGGGCCCAAAGCCAUUGGCAGAAACUCGUAGCCUCUUGCAGGGAAAUGUUCUCCUCUACCCUGAGUCUCCCACCUGCCUGUCAGUGA